AUGAGCACAUCGGCAGUCUCAGCCCUACGUCGAAGCUCUUUGGCGGCUUCAAGUCGCUUGCAGACACGCGCUGUCAGAAGCGCUUCUAAAGCUGUAGCGUCUGCCUCGCGGCAAUGUUCCAACUCUUCGAGGAUAGCAGAAGUUUCGAGAAUCCCAGGCACUCCCUUGAGGACAGCCGCAGCUUUCUCUGUAGGAGACAUCCGUAGCUUCGCCUCCAGCUCGUCCCGCGCUAACGGCUCAGGUCGCACCACAGUCAAGGAUCCAGAACCUCAAACUGGUCUUUACUACCAUCCGACGCAGAUCAGCUACUCCCGAGGCGAGAAGGAGCCGGCCACUACUGUCGAAGGAUGGGCCAUCUCCUUCCUUCCCGAACCGUCCACAUCCGAAGACGCUGUGAUCGCCUUUGUGCUGCCCACCGAUACGUCGUCAUCACAAGACGCCGAUCCCGCCGACUUUGUGCGUGCCAAUCCGGACAGGAUACGCAUCAACCCGGCCGGCUGGAAGAUCAUGCACGACGUGCUCAAGAACGAAGUCGUUCCGAACGACGAUCUGCUGAAAUUCGAGGCUUCGACGAGGGAGAGCGGCUGGGCGCACCUCACCGAUCUCCGACACCCGCUCAUGCCAGGCAGAAUCGCAACGCCAGAAAACAUCAUCGCGUCGGUCGCAUUCACGGAAGGAGAGCUCAACGUGGAGAGCUACGAGGAGAACAAGUCGUAUCGGCUGGUGACGGGUUACGAAGGCCCGAUCCAGAUGGCCGAUAGCUGGAUCGAGAAGCUAAGGAGAAAGUUCGAGUCGCUUUGA